AUGACCAUGAUAAUGGACAAUGCUAACAUGCGCUGGAAGGUGUUAGAAUACCUGUCUAAGAAAGGCUAUACCCGCACCGAACAGACGCUUCGAAAGGAGAGUCAAAACCUGGACGCCAAUGGUAACCCUAUCGCAACCACAAUCGACGAAAUGGGCUCCAAGAAAUUUGGAAGAGCGUUCGAGUUGACACAAAACUGGGUUGACAACGUGCUCGACAUCUACAAGCCAGAGCUCAAACGACUGUUAUGGCCCUUUUUUGUUUAUUCAUAUCUGAAAUGCGUGGCUGAAUUUGCUGCGCGCGACGCCGAUGAGUUCUACCACCGCUUCAAAGAACCAUUUGAAGCAGAACAUGAAGAUGAUCUGCGCGCAAUGCGAGGCCUUCACGAUCCGCAUGAGCUGGAACAAAACAACAUCGCGAAACUAUACCGCUCCAACAAGUACCGAGUGUCGCUCAGCACGAUGGCGUUUCAGACACUGAUCAUGCAUUUGGAGGCGAAGGAGAACGAGGGGGGCAAAAUCAUAACAGGCAUCAUCUCCGACAACAUGGAUAUCAAAGUGGUGGAUAGAGCAGCUGCUGGUGGGGAGCGCAAUCUUUCUAAGCUUCUCUCGCAAAGGAAUGAGCAGCAAGACUUCCCAGCAGAAGACGAGGGAAUACCUGGUCACAAUCCUGGAUCGGCCAAUCUUGCUCCGAAUGCACCUGCGGUACUUUCCAAGCUUUCGCUCGGACCGUUGCCCAUGGAGACAGAUUUGAUGGAAGACGUCAAGGCCGAUCUGCGAGACAUCGAUGCCUCGCACCCUCCAGCACCUGGUCAAGCACUCCUUGAAGACACAUUCGACCAGCAUAUCAAGCGCGAGCCCAAUGAGGAGGCUCCUCGAGAUCCUCUACCAUAUCCACCGUCCACUGCGCGAGACGUGGCGAUGGAGGUGCAAAAGGUAAAGGAGAAUCGCGACAGAUUUCGGAUUGAAGGCCGAACAGGCGGUGUAGGUCCUGGCAUCAGCGUGACCAUGUUCACGUUCCACAACACCUUCGACUGCAUCAACUGUAUUGAAUUCGCAGGCGACAACAAUCUCGUUGCAGCCGGAACAGCCGAGUCGUACAUCAGGGUCUGGUCGCUGGACAAUCGACCUCUAACGUCACCAAUUGAUCCGCCGUCGUCCCAGCCAUCAUCGUCUCGAAGACUAGUUGGCCAUUCCGGGCCAGUCUACGCACUUUCGUUCUCGCCGUCAAUCGCACUUCCCGCACCAGCCACGAAUGGUCACACAGAACAAAGCACUUCUUCUGAAUCGCAGCCCAAAUAUCUGCUGUCGUCAUCAGCAGACUGCACCAUUCGACUCUGGUCGCUCGAUACGUGGACCAAUCUUGUCGUGUACCGAUCGCAUAACUCACCAGUAUGGGACGUACGUUUCUCACCUUUCGGCCACUAUUUCGCAUCUUGUUCGGCCGACCGAACGGCACGAUUGUGGAGCACACCCCAAAUCGCUCCCCUUCGCCUGUUCGUAGGGCAUGACUCAGAUGUUGAGACAGUCGCCUGGCACCCCAACAGCGCAUAUGUCUUCACGGGAUCAGGCAGCGGGGAUCGUACUGUCCGGAUGUGGGACAUCCAGCGCGGCACAGCGGUACGUCUCUUUACCGGGCAUGUUGGCAAUGUCACUGCUCUGGCUUGUGCACCAAAUGGACAAGUUGUGGCGAGUGCAGAUGAUCGAGGAGAGAUCAUUCUCUGGGAUCUCGCAUCUGGCAAGCUCCGCAAGCGCAUGCGUGGUCAUGGGCGCGGCGGCAUCUGGAGCUUAGACUGGAGCGUCGAAUCAACAGUACUCGUGUCCGGCGGUGCUGAUGGCACUGUACGAGUGUGGGACGUGCAACCCGAUGCAGACACGCAAGGCAAAGUCGCUGGAGAAGGUGGAGCUGGCAUCAAAAUCGACGGUAAUGCCGUUGGAAGUGGUGCAGUCAGCAAGGCGAAGUCGAAGAAGGAUGUCGUGGUGUCGCCCGAUCAGAUUUCCGCCUUCCCGACGAAGAAGAGCCCGGUCUAUAAGGUGCGAUUUACCCUGAUGAACUUGGUCAUGGCAGGCGGCGCAUAUCUGCCCUGA